GCGCGCAGCAUUCGUCGCGUUAUCGGAGGCUGACCUUUCUUUUGAGUCUUCACUUCAAAACCAAGUUCCGGACUCUUGAUAUACUGGACUGCAAGACAUAGGUCUGAUUGUGCGGUGGCGUUCCGUGGAGGGUUUCUCGUGGUUGAAUUGGUGCAAAGUAUCCGCUGACUCUGAUCCACUCGCAGCCAGAAUUGAAAUGCGGGCCAGCUCAGUCAACCGGUGAGGCUUUCCGAGUCAGAAAGCCUCACCGGUUGAUAUGCCCAUCAUGUCAGCUUUACAGAAAACAUAAUAUACGCCGGGGACGUACUUUCUGAUUAUCGAUAUCUUUGCCUCACUCCGUCAUUCUCAAUACUCCCAACGUCACACUAAACACUACAUUCACACAACAUGUUAUUCUCAUACCCGGGACCGCCUACAGGUGCCGAAUAUGACUCAUCAUUCAAUAGUUCCUUCGACUCGUCACUUUCCUCUCUCCCCGAGUCUCCUCCUGACCCUCUAAAGACACUAUUCCAAGCUGGUCUCCGAGCACUCUUCCAACUCUCCUCGUUCACGAAGCAAUCGUCGGUGCAGCAACGAAUCCAUGCGGCUGUCAUGCAGGAUCAGCGUCGGCGCAUCCAAGAGCAGAAGAAGACCAUCGGAGGCCUUGUCUCUUACGCACUCCAGCUAGAAGCCGAGGUCGACCACAAUUAUAUGGCUCUCGACUCCGCACAAUGCAAGGCGGCCGAGCUUGCUGUGUCUCACGAUCACCUGUGCAAAGAGUAUGACGCUCUCACUACUGCUCAUAGUUCGCUUCAGUUCGAACGUGCGGCGACGAUCUCUGCUAUCCAUGCGACGAUUGCCAGACUAGAGCUUGCAGAGAAGGAUGUCAUCGACACCAAUGCCGCCCGUGCUGUGGAGCAAGAAUCCCAUUCUGAGCUACUCGCGAUGGCUGCGGCUGACAAGGCCAAGCUGGAGGCCGAAGUGUUUCGUCUGACGGAGGAGAAUUCUGCACUGGAGAGCCAGAUUGUCCAUCUGGAGUUCCAACAAUUCUCGUCUGCUUUCAGCAUCAUUGAUGGCAAGGCUGCGCUUGACGAGGAGAGGACCGCUCAUGCAUUGACGUCUCUGGAAGUCAGUCAACUCCAGGAGGAUGUCCUGAUGCUCUCGAUCGGACUCGACAUCAGACAGGCUCAACUUGACGUGUCGAAUGAGACGGUCUCGGCUUUGGAGGGCAAGCUUUCGGAUGAGCGAACCGUCAGCGCGGAAUAUCAGACUUGUUGUUACGUUGCGGAGACAAAGGUCUCGGAACUAGUUGCUCAGCUUGCAUUAAAGGAAGCUCAGAUCAAGGAGCAGGAGGCCGAACUUGCUGCACAGGAUGUUCUCUUAAAGCGGAAGGACGGCGAGAUCGUGUCGAAGGACUUGCGGCUCAAGGAGCAGAACGACGAACUCGAAGCUCUCACUGAUGCUCAUGACGUGGAGAAGGAGGAGCUCUGCAUGUCCGUGUUUGCUGCGGAAUUGGAACGCGACCUGAUACUCGAAUCUGAGACGAGCCUCAAAGAGGAUAUCAAGAUGAAAGACGAUGCUCUUGCUGCUGCCGAUGAGGCACUGAUUGCUGCUACUGCUGCUCACGAGGACACCAAGCUCGAGUUCACUGCCAAACUCACCGAUGCUAUGACCGAGCUCCGGAAGGUUGAGGUAGAGGCCAAGGAUCGCGAGGCGUCUCUUACUAAACAGCUGGAACAGGAAUGCAACGCGCAUCAGGUUACUCGCGAAGACCUUGAUUUUAUACAACAUCGUCUCUCCACUGCCGCUGAGGACCGGGAUGCGACUCGCCGAGAACUGACGGCAACCAACCGCCGAAUGUUCCAGGAGGUUGGCCAACUACGAGCGAUGUAUACUCUCGCCGCACAGGAUGAGACGACAUUCAAGCACGCUCGUGAGAAGCACCGGGUAUUAGAGGAGAAGUUGGACACGAUGAUGAAGGAGAGACGGACGCUGGAAUUGAGUAAGAGGGCAGUUGAAGAUGCGUUUGUAGCUAAAAUGAAGCGCUGCGACGCUCUGGAGAAGGAGAUUGCGACGUUGAGGAAGAUGAAGGGUCGGGCUUCGGCUGCUUCGACCCCGGCGAAAGGUGCUUCUGACGAUAAGGAGAAUGCACCUGUUGACCACGCCUUCUUGUUGAAGGCUGUCUCGCCCAUGGAGACACACGUCUGUCGCAAUACUCCAAUGAUCUCUAGUCCCUCUUCUUCCAAUGUCUCCAUGAGCCCCUCUGUAUCGCAAGGGUUCGCAGGCAUGUUCAAGACACCCAGUUUGCUCAAGCUCGUCGGCAAGAGGAGUGUGAAGGCGGCAGGAUACCCAGGUGGGAUCUUCGAGGAUACGCCAGAGUCCCUUCCCUCUCCCACUCUAUCUUGAACAGACGUUGUACGGCGUUGUACGUUUAGGUCCUUUAUGCCUGGUGUACCUUUUUCUACGUUUCUCUAAUUAUCGUGGUCACUUGUUGACCUGUCAGAGGGAUUUUCGUUUCUUUCUUCCACGUCCCGAUGGAUUCGUCGUUUUCUAGUCAUGCAUCUUUAUACCUUUCCAGCCUAUGUGCUGAUGGUGCAGUGACUGAUGGUCCCGAUCUUUCCGAUUUCUUCGGGUUCGCCAUCUUCUUACGUUUGUGUUUUCUUUUCGUUCGCUUGAUACCCUAUCUCCUUGAUACCUCAGAUCCAUUCCCGCACUGAUCUAUUCUCAUUUCAUUUCACCCUGUAUCUCUCUUAAACAUACUUCAUAGUUGAUGCAUCGAUCCAUCUCUACUCUAUAUCCGAAAAGCAAAUUGUGUAUGGGCUGCACAUGCAAACUUGUGCUUAGCCAAGGGCACGGAAAGUGAGUCGGAACAGUUCUGUUCACCCAUUUUGGUGUUCAAGUAUGUGCGGGAGCAGGAGAGAGCCUUGCAGCACUGAUCGAGGAACAGGACGGAGUAAUGGCUGAUUUCAACAGCGAGGAAACAUACUGCACAUUGUCUUAGUAAUAGUCUCUUCUAGCGAAACGUUGACAAGA